AUGAGCCUUGAUCCUAGUGCCUUUCCGAGGUCGAACUCCCCCGCAAGCUCCGAGAGCUCCUUGACGCGCACGCGCUUACAGGGAAAGCAAGGAUCCAUUAAAAAAGACAAGAAUUAUCGCCGCUAUGCCUCGAGCGUUGAGCGAGCGUUGUCGCUAUUCGAUAACGCCCUGCAAGAAUGGGCCGACUACAUCUCCUUUCUCAGUCGCCUACUGAAGGCAAUCCAAACCCACCCACCGGACCAGCCCGUUAUACCCCACAAAGUGUUAGUUGCGAAACGACUGGCGCAAUGCCUGAACCCGUCAUUGCCGUCCGGUGUCCACCAGAAAGCCCUCGAAGUAUACACGUACAUAUUUGGACUGAUAAAGCUCGAGGGAUUGGCCAACGAUCUGCCAUUGUACCUUCCAGGCAUUGCGCCAACUUUGACAUUUGCCUCUCUCACCGUUCGCCCACUAUUCUUGUCGCUUGUUGAAGGCUAUAUUGUUGAUCUGGAACCAUGGGCUAUUCGUCCAGCGCUGAAAGCAAUCAUUCUAGCCUUACUACCAGGGUUGGAAGAAGAGACAAGCGAUGACUUUGAGACAACUCUACGUAUCCUUAACAAAUUUCGGGAUGUUGCCGGACGCCUCGAAACACAGAAGACACCAGACACUGGUGCAUGUGGGCAAUAUUUUUGGCAAUGCCUUUUUCUGGCGUCAAUCACAAACGCCAGCCGUCGACUCGGCGUCCUUGCCUACUUGAACCGCUAUCUUCCUAGACUAGGUAUUGCGGAACGUCGGCAGAGUUUGACUGAUAUUGGAGAUGUGAAGGAAGUUUCACCUGAAAUGCUAGCGGCAGCCGAAUCGGUGAUGCUUCCCGAGCCCGGCCUGCUAAUUAGAUGUUUUGCCUCAGGUCUACUAGAUGAACAGGCCUUGGUCCAACGAAACUUCCUCGAUCUCCUUGUGAGCCACUUGCCUUUGAGCUCACCAGUCUUACAGUCGCGUAUUGCAGACACCGAUCUUCAAACAUUGAUUAUUGCUGCUGUGGGCGUGGUCACUCGGCGAGAUAUGGGCUUAAAUCGUCGUCUCUGGGCUUGGUUCCUUGGUCCAGAGCCUGCAAAUGAUCGCUCUUCAAUGGACGGUCAUUCAGCUUCUGUUGUUGAUAACAAGGAGCUAUCCCAGUCACAAUAUUUCAGCCGAGUAGGCCUACAGCCUCUAGUUGCUGGUCUUUUGAAAAUGAUCAAUCAGGCCCCAAGUGUUCCAUCGGAGCGAACUAAACCUUUCAGAAUUACCCUCUCAUUGAUGGAUCGCUGGGAAAUCGGUGGAUACAUUGUCCCGGCAGUUUUUCUACCCACGAUACAUAGCGUUCAGGCAUUCGAGAAAGAAGCACCGAAAAAUCAAUUUGAAGAGGUCUUUCGUAGUGCCAGCGCCUUUUUUGACGGAGUGGAAAGCAGCGUUAUCUUCUCAGAACUUCUACAUCUUGUGGAUUUCCGUCCAAGCGAUAUGGAGCGAGCCAACGACGAGGUCUUGCGCAACCUUGGUCUUGCUCGUUUCAUUCUUGAUAACUUCAAUGUCAGAGAGGAAGACAUGCUUCAGAUUCAUGUUCCUCUAUUGACUUUAUCGGUUCUUGUGAAAAUCCGAGAAAUUUCGACCCGUUCACGUUCAGCAGGAAUCAAUGUUAACACACAAGCUGCAGCUAAUGCUUUGCAUACUAUUUUAAGGUCACUGACCCCGCUGCUUAUCGAGAAAGCAUUUUCAAGGAAGUCAGGACAGGAGAAGCCAUCUGCCGGUGAUUGGAAACCUCGAAACAUUGACAUAUUGAAGAAAGUCCACAGUUUCUACGAGAGCAGUAAGAACAACCUUGAUCUCCCACCCUUGCCAUUUGCACCCAAACAGAUCAGCGAGAUGAUCAUUCGAGAAUCCCAUGAUUUGUCUGUCGAAGCCUUGGAAAAUGAUGAUGCAUCAUCUCUUCACGACAAUCUUGACCUACUAGUGACGUUCCUCAUGAAACUUCCGAAAUCCCGCAUUCUUCGUGACAAUCGGCUAUAUGAAGCGAUUUCCCAAAAGCUAUCCAAUUUGACAAGCGCUCCCUGUACAGCUGCUUUUGCUGUCAUAUCUUCGAUCACAUCCGCAGUGACGAAUAUGUUCUUCAUCCACAGUCCAGGCUUCUAUUUAAGCUACGAGAAUGCGUGUGACUUGAUACCUAAUGCAGUCAGUCAACUGUGGCUCUAUAUGUCGCCGCUCAGCCCGAAGUUCCAUGUUGAGGCAGUGCGUUGCUUAUGGCUUCUGCAUUCAAUCUCAUGGGCUGAUCACCUCGUUGAGGCAUCUAUAACUUCUUUGAUGGUGAAUUUGCCAGUUUCGGGCUCUUAUCAUCUCUCAUCCGAGGAUCAAGCGGAAAAGUUCUAUGUGCUAUGGAACCACAGCCACCAUGGUGCACAUGAGCAGCUACCAAAGCAGGUUCUAGAGGUUGGAGGAAAUUUGUUCUCCUACCAAUGCUCUAUGCUGGAGCGACCUCUUUUCAUUGUACUUGACCUCUUAUCCCAGGCCGCAGGUGAUAUUCCUCAAAGUGUCCAACAGUGGCUUCAAGACCUGCCCUCUAUUCAGCGAAUUUUCCUUAUUCUUGUCUCCAAGUUUGACGAACUGUUCGAGAAAGAUACUCUCGGUACAGUUCUUGAAGAUAGCCAGUCUAUUUCUCCGGAUGAUUAUAAAGAGUGCAACUACAUGUUGCGAACAACUUCCAAUAUCAUCUCCUCUCUGUCCCAAAAUGGAUGGAUUAUUCUUCUUACCCAGACUUCGGGACAUGCGGAAAAAAAUGUUGAUACACGAAAACCCACAGAUAACCCAAGCGUGAAAAGUCUUCACACGACCAUGUUUGAGGCGUCUCUCAAAAUAAUCAAUAACCAUGUUCCGAAGACCCUCAAGGUCAACUUAGAGUCCGACCGCUUGCAGAAGAAUGCCCUUCAUCUACUGCGUCAACUCUUGUUGGGUCCCGGCGCAGAUGAUUUGGUUGAAACUGGAAUUGAUGAUCUCUUGGUGGAUCGUCUUCUCAUCGCAUCAGACGAUGGUGGUAGCAUCGCCGUACAGGGCGCCAUCAUCGAUACACUCCUCGCGGCUCUGAAAGUACGAUUUGCCCAAGCUUACGCGCCUCCACCACCUCGAUCCAAACAUCAACGAUCCAACUCUCGCGAUCGCUUGAAAAGUCCUUCCAUACUAUCAUUCAGUAGCGACAAACCAGAUAGAGUGAUCCCUCUACCUUACAUUCCUCCUCCAAACCGACUUUUGGACUGUUUGCUCAAGGGAAUCAGCUCGGCAAGUUCGCGACCAAUUAUAGACAAAUGGAUUGAGUUGUUGUGCGAGGUACUUCCGCUAUAUUCAAAUUCAAUCUUCCAGAUCGUUCUCAUGCUAGUUGAAUGCUUUUGCAGAGAGAUCACAUCUUCUUUUGGCAGACUACAGCUCUCGUUCCAAAAAAUCAAAGACUGGCCUCAAGAUAGGUCUGAGCAAGUCACUAUCGCCCUGCUCACUGGUCUUGAAACGUGUAUUGCCAACGCGCACGAGCGUCUUCUCGUGGAAGAAUCAAAUGUCCCAGCUGCCAAGAGUCCAGAUCAAACUCAGGGCUUUUUCGGAAACAUGGUCUCCGGAGUUUUCCAUUCAGACGGAAAUCAGGGCCGUGCUAAUACUGCCAAUGACCGCUUGACCGUUCUACUUUGUUUCCAGGAUGCCGUUCGACUUUGUUUCUCUAUUUGGGCGUGGGGCGCAGGUGAUCGGAAGGGCUCUGUUCCUGAUUCUGAAUCAAUGGCAUCUUUUCAGUACACAUCGCUGCGUAUGCGCAACAGAUCGCGACGAAUUUUGGAGCAUUUCUUUGCAGCUGAAGCGCUCGAAUGCCUCGAGACGCUUGUUGAGAUGUGGACAAAGUGUGAAACAGAGACUGCGGCGCUAAUAUUCAGCCUCCUACAUACUCUUGAUGGAACCCGGUCGAAAAUCACCAUCCCAGCCGUUUUCAAUGCGAUCUACACUCGCACGAAUCCAAUCGCACUAGAUCCAAGCCGAAAGUCAUCUUUAACCUCCAGUCUCUCUGAAUCUGAGCUAGCUUGCUUCUUGGUUGCUUAUGCACGCUCUCUAGAUGAUGAUGUUCUUGACGAGAUUUGGACCGAUUGUACAACUUUCUUGCGCGAUGUCCUCAGCAACCCAUUCCCCCAUCGACAAAUUCUCCCACGUCUCAUUGAGUUUGCAGCGAUCUUAGGCGCAAAGCUGGAAAAUACAACUUUUGGUGAAGACAAACGCAUGCGCAAAGAGCUUGGAGACGUUCUUAUACGGUUACUUACUGCUGUUUUCACGAGCAAACCACUCGGUCUGAACCAGGAUAAUGGUCUCUUGGUCAGAUCGUCUUCGGAUUACGACCAGGCCGCAGUCUCUCACACAGGGCCCGACGACAUGCUUAGCAUCCUCGCAGUUUCCAUGCCAUCAUUCAUUAUGACCCUAGGUGACUCUGACCGUAUUAGCACCGCCAUUAAUGGUGUGUCAACUAAUGUGAUUGGCCCACUAAUUCGCUCUCGCCUUUUCCCCAAUAAUUUGAACCGCAAUGUCAUGUCACUCUUUCAACAAAUGUCGAAAGUACCAGCAGCAUCGAAAGUGUGGAAGAAGGAUAUAUCUGAUGCCUUCAAUGACCCACGAUUCUUUGGCCUGCAGGUAGAUUUAAUCAAGAAUAGUUGGAUGGAUCUUCUGCGGCAAUGGGUUCUCGCUGACAGAGAUCGUUUGGCGGAGCUGCUGGCUCGUCUUCCUCCUCCCAGCACCGCUGGAAUCAUGUUUGGCGUGGGAGCGUCUGCAGCAAGGCUUGAAGCAGAUCGCAAGGCUCAACUUAAUCUUCGCCGUAUCGCGCUGCUGAUAUUGUCUGCGAAUGAGGAUUACUUUGUAGGCGAGCUCCCAGGGCUGCUUCAGAAAAUGGAAGAUCUACUUGCCGCCACUAGUUCUUCAUCCCCAUCAUCCGAAACACGGGCAGAAAUCUUCAUGGUUCUUCGUGCGCUCUCCCUUAAGACGUCCGCCACCGCCAUCGCGCCAUUCUGGCCAUUGAUCAACACUGAGCUACAGGCAGCUGUUUCGGCUGUUGCUCCCGGAUCACAGUCAGAUCUCUACAACCCCUGCUCUCUGCUUCAAGCAUGCAAGUUGUUAGAUACCCUUCUGAUUAUAGCCCCGGAUGAUUUCCAGCUCAUAGAAUGGCUCUUCGUGACAGACACUAUUGAUGCGGUAUAUCCGCCCAACCGCUGGGAACCAAUUGCCUUGGCGGAUGAGGUAUCACAAAGCUUUGGCUCUCGUGGGGUGCUCUCGUCGACGGAAGAAUCAUCAGAGCCUGUUUCUCGUGGCGGCCUGAGGAGACCGUGGCUCGUUUUGGAUAGUAUACGUGAAACAGCAAAGGAUGAGAUUGUUGAGAGAGUGCUGCGACCCUUCUUUGGUCGACUGAGCAUCUACGUGUUCGAAAACACGUAUGGUAUGGAGAAUUUGGAAUUGAAUGUUUGCCAGGAUGAUUUGUUGGCAGAUCUGUUCAACGAGACUACGAUGGCGAACUGA